AUGAUGAGGUCUUACACGAUCUUACCUAUGUUCAUGUUAACACUGUUGUUGGUGACAAGAUCAGCAUCCUCACAGGGUAGUGCUCCGUGUAGUCAGCUGGAAAUUUCACAAAAUCUUGAUUACUGUGGCGCCGCUCUUAUUCUUGGUGCUCCUUUGGUUCCUCCAUUAGGAGUUUGUUGUGCAACUGUAAAAAUGAACAAGAUGCAAUGCAUUUGUGAAGGCGUCACAGAAACGUUCUCGCAAACCUAUGACGUAAAUAAGCUUCCAAAGCUCUCUCAGGCCUGCGGUGACAUCUUAGCCCCUGGAUCUAGUUGUGGUGGUAAGUGA